AUGGCGGAAGGUUUUUUGAACCUGUCAUCUUCAAACAAGUCAAUGGAACGCUUAGGUCUUGAAUAUUUGGAAGAGUUGUUGUCAAGGUCAUUGUUGCAACAUGCACCUAAUGACAAAUCAUCGUUUGUUAUGCAUGACUUGCUGAAUGACUUGGCUACAUCUGUUGCUGGAGAAUUCUUUUCAAGAUUAGACAUUGAGAUGGUACCGGAUGUUAGGAAGGAAACCUUGGAAAAGUACUGCCAUAUGUCAUUUGUUUGUGAUGAAUAUAUAGCUUACCCGAAGUUUGAUCCAUUCAAAACAGCUAAAAGUUUGAGAACAUUCUUAUCCUUACAAGGAAAAGAUAGUUUCGAAAAGUUUUACUUAUCUAGUAAGAUUUUAGUUUACUUACUUCCCGAAUUACCAAUGCUAAGGGUUCUAAGUUUGGGAAAUUUAUGCAUCAGCGAGGUGCCAGAGACCAUUGGCAGUUUGAAACAUCUCCGAUAUCUUAAUUUAUCUAACAACCCAAUCACGCAUUUACCAGCAAGUGUUGGCAAUCUCUACAAUUUGCAAACAUUAUUACUUUAUGGUUGUAGUGACUUAAUUAAGUUUCCCAACAACUUCUCAAAGCUUAAAAACUUGUGGCAUUUGGACAUUCAUUUUACUCCGCUUUUGAAUAAGUUCCCCCCACUACAAGGCCUGAGAAGAGAGUUCGAGACUCUCCAGAUGAAAGAUGAUGAAGCUGUUGCAGAUUUCUUGUCAAGAGUCAUGACGAAUGUUAAUCAGAAGAGAGCAUAUGGAGAGGUGGUGUCUAACCAACAAGUGGUGGAAAAAGUGCUGCGAAGUCUUCCUACAAAUGGGAUCACGUUGUCACAGCCAUGGAAGAAUCAAAGGAUUUGUCUAGGCUUACCUUUGAUCAACUGA